AUGAAGCCCAUCCUGCUGCAGGGCCAUGAGCGGUCCAUCACGCAGAUCAAGUACAACCGCGAGGGAGACCUCCUCUUCACGGUGGCCAAGGACCCUAUCGUCAAUGUGUGGUACUCUGUGAAUGGGGAGAGGCUGGGCACCUACAUGGGCCAUACUGGAGCUGUGUGGUGUGUAGACGCUGACUGGGACACCAAGCAUGUCCUCACCGGCUCGGCUGACAACAGCUGUCGUCUUUGGGACUGUGAAACGGGGAAGCAGCUGGCUCUACUCAAGACCAAUUCAGCUGUCAGGACCUGUGGCUUUGACUUUGGUGGCAAUAUCAUCAUGUUCUCCACGGACAAGCAGAUGGGCUACCAGUGCUUUGUGAGCUUCUUUGACCUGCGGGAUCCGAGCCAGAUCGACAGCAACGAGCCCUAUAUGAAGAUCCCUUGCAAUGACACCAAGAUCACCAGCGCCGUGUGGGGACCCCUGGGGGAGUGCAUCAUUGCGGGCCAUGAGAGUGGAGAGCUCAACCAGUACAGUGCCAAGUCUGGGGAGGUGUUGGUGAACGUGAAGGAGCACUCCCGGCAGAUCAAUGACAUCCAGUUAUCCAGGGACAUGACCAUGUUUGUCACUGCCUCCAAGGACAACACAGCCAAGCUCUUUGACUCUACAACCCUUGAACAUCAGAAGACCUUCCGGACAGAACGUCCCGUCAACUCCGCUGCCCUCUCUCCUAAUUAUGACCAUGUGGUGCUGGGCGGCGGUCAGGAAGCCAUGGAUGUAACCACCACCUCCACCAGGAUUGGCAAGUUCGAGGCCAGGUUCUUCCAUUUGGCCAUUGAAGAAGAGUUUGGAAGAGUCAAGGGUCACUUUGGACCUAUCAACAGUGUUGCCUUCCAUCCUGAUGGCAAGAGCCAGCGGCAACCCUCAAGUCAACUAAGCCAGUGGUCCAUGCUCCGCUCCAGGUCCUCACAGGCCUCCAUCAGGCACACACAGCUCUCUGGUUGGGGUCGCCUCUGCACAGGAGGGAGUCUGGCCAUCUCUCCCCCAACCCCAGCUCCUGUGAGCACAGCCUGGGCACAAAUGCUCCAGACCAAAGAGGGAGACAGAACCCUCAGAGGAGCCCAUCUGACAAGAGGGACCCAAGACCUUCCAGGAAGCAUACGUAA